AUGAAUGAAAAGCGGUCUGGUGAUGGAACAGCUCCAGCUGUUCCAGCUGCACUAGUGUGGGAGACAUUUCAAGGUCAGUACGUAGAAGAGAGGCAAGAUUGGGGCUCCACGGUGGUCCUGCAUACUCUGGUCUCUGGUCUCACGUUGGUGGUGUACAGCGCCCUAAAAGAUUGGGGCUCCACGCUGGUCCUGCAUACUCUGGUCUCUGGUCUCACGUUGGUGGUGUACAGCGCCCUAAAAGAUUGGGGCUCCACGCUGGUCCUGCAUACUCUGGUCUCUGGUCUCACGUUGGUGGUGUACAGCGCCCUAAAAGAUUGGGGCUCCACGGUGGUCCUGCAUACUCUGGUCUCUGGUCUCACGUUGGUGGUGUACAGCGCCCUAAAAGAUUGGGGCUCCACGCUGGUCCUGCAUACUCUGGUCUCUGGUCUCACGUUGGUGGUGUACAGCGCCCUAAAAGAUUGGGGCUCCACGCUGGUCCUGCAUACUCUGGUCUCUGGUCUCACGUCGUCUCGCCCUCCUCCAGGUCGCCUCGCCCUCCUCCAGGUCGUCGGGGCGCCUCGCCCUCCUCCAGGUCGCCUCGCCCUCCUCCAGGUCGCCUCGCCCUCCUCCAGGUCGCCUCGCCCUCCUCCAGGUCGCCUCGCCCUCCUCCAGGUCGCCUCGCCCUCCUCCAGGUCGCCUCGCCCUCCUCCAGGUCGCCUCGCCCUCCUCCAGGGCGCCUCGCCCUCCUCCAGGGCGCCUCGCCCUCCUCCAGCGCGCCUCGCCCUCCUCCAGGGCGCCUCGCCCUCCUCCAGGUCGCCUCGCCCUCCUCCAGGGCGCCUCGCCGCCCUCCUCCAGGGCGCCUCGCCGCCCUCCUCCAGGGCGCCUCGCCGCCCUCCUCCAGGGCGCCUCGCCGCCCUCCUCCAGGGCGCCUCGCCGCCCUCCUCCAGGGCGCUUCGCCGCCCUCCUCCAGGGCGCCUCGCCGCCCUCCUCCAGGGCGCCUCGCCGCCCUCCUCCAGGGCGCCUCGCCGCCCUCCUCCAGGGCGCCUCGCCGCCCUCCUCCAGGGCGCCUCGCCGCCCUCCUCCAGGGCGCCUCGCUCCAACGUCUACAGUCAUAACUCAGGGUUAUAG